UACCUACCUAUCUACCUACCUACCGGAGAACGGAGACGAAGUUUCUGCUACGCGAAUCGAGUGUUGUCGUUUGCUGUUACUGGAAGGGAGUGAAACUUUUACCCAGUGUCGGUGUGUUGGUUGAAUUGGAAGUGUGGUGGAUGCAGUUUCAGAUUGGAUUGGAUUGUUGCGAAAAUCUGAGGUGAAAGUUGCGAACGCGUGCGAGUGCGAGUAAAAGUCUUUUUUAUGUGUAACCAAAUCUGCGCGGAGCAGUUGCAGCAGGAAGAAACUGCGGAGCUUUAGGGAAACCCAUCAUCGUGCAUCGGUCCGGGUCAUACGUGUGUAAGUGCAGAAUCAUCCGCUAAUCGCCCGUCAGUCAGAGAAGAAUGGGCAGCCCCAUCGGAGACGAGGAGUGUUUGAAAUUUGAUCCAUAGUGGACGACGACGAACAAGCCGAAGAAGACGAAGAGUGCAGCGAAUGAAAGUGAAAAGCAAAGAAACCGUUUGUUUCGCUUCCCUUGCCGCUUCUUCCCGUUUCGUGUUGUGUGUUGCGCCUACUACUUUAUUGUUGUUGUUUCUGCUGCCAUUUCCUAUUUCGGAGUGAAAAGCGCGAGUGAGUAAUCUGAAAAUAAAAGUGAAUCUUAUCGCGGGCGCUCGUAUUAUUAUUAGAGGCUUUGUUGUGAAUGCUUAGCAAAGUUCAGCGAAAAAGUGCCGGAGCCGGAAGCACGAAGAUAUUGAUUUAAAAAGUCGUGCGAAAAUUAGGGGAAACUCGGAUCCCAGCAGCAGAUCAUUAACCUUGGAUUAACAGAAACAAAGCGUUGCAAGAAAGCAAACGAAUACCCCUGACAGUUGGUGCCAAGCGUAGGAGGCGGAUCAUCGUACACUGUUUUACACCGUAUUUUUCCGCAUCGUUAUCUUUGUAUUUCGAGCUUUAUUCGAGGAUUGGUAACCGUGGAAAAGACCUCAAUUAGCACAGCACCAACGACCGUAGUCAUUGAACUUCGUGGAAGGUGCGCGCACAUUUGAAGGCGUUUAAAGAAUCGACCCCCCGUUGAUUGGGUGAUCCUAUGCCGAGGAAUGCGAGAAAUGGAGCGAUUACCGGACGAAUGCAGUAGGAAACUGGGGCACAAUGGCCUGCUGGUGGAUUGUGGGGGCGACUGCAGGCGGCAACGAACGAUUCGAAGGGACGCGUGGCCGCUGGGAAGCACGACGGUGCUGCUGCUGGUAGCUGGACUCCUCUGGGCGCAGAUCUUCACCAGCAGUAGUACACCCCUAGAUGAUAGUAGUAGCAGUAGUGAAAUAAUAGAAUUAACAGCCUGUCAGCAUCUGCGACGUGCGGAAUCACGCCGCGCCAAGUCACUAGGCGAUAAUUUGCUACAAUCGGUGCGGAUACCGCGCUGCACGGCCAUGGGUGACUUCGAGCCGGUUCAGUGUUCGAACGAACUCAACGGAACGGAAUGCUGGUGCGUCGACGAGUACGGAGUCGAACUGGCCGGUAGCCGGCGAACCAACGGGGACGAUGUCAACUGCACGUCCAUCGAAACCAGCUGCCAGGCGUCCAGCUGUCGGAUGUUCUGCCCGGCAGGCUUCGCACGGGAUCUUAGCAGCGGCUGUCCGAUUUGCAAGUGCCGCGAUCCCUGCGAAGGUGUCCAGUGCCCACGCGGACAGCAGUGCGAACCGCAGGAGGUCAACUGCAAGAACGAACCCUGUCCACCCGUUCCGACUUGUCGCAAAGCCCGAUCCCUAUCGGAUCUCUGCCCAGCAGGUCAACCGCUGGCCAUCAGCGGAACCGCCCGACCAUUCCUCUGCGGUAACGAUCCGGGCAAACCUUCCUGCCCACCCUUGUACCGCUGCCUGGUCCAGUCCGGCAACGACUACGGCGUCUGCUGUCCAGCGUCUCUUCAGUUCGAGAAACCUGGAACCUGCCCGAAACCGGACGAGAUCAAGUCCACCGACAGCACCGGAUACCUCUGCGGAACCCCUUGCGGACACGAUCUCGAGUGUCCUCAGAUGCAGAAGUGCUGCACCUCCAACGGCUGCGGACGUAACUGUCAACAGCCGCACAACGUGACCACCUGUCACCAGGCUCGAAUGCUUUCGGAACUGCUCUCGAUCAACGAACGCGAAGGCCGCGGUUACGUUCCGCAGUGCGACGGCCCUGGUGGAAGCUUCUCGAUGCGACAAUGCUCCCGCAACGGACUGGUUUGCUGGUGCGUGGAUCCCAAGAGCGGCAACAAGAUCAAGGGAACGAUGGGCGCCGCACUGAUGGUCAACUGCGACGGUGUCGAGAACAUGAUCGGCCGCAGCGGUGGACGAAGCGUUGACGGAGCAUCGCAAGCGCUAUGCGAUCACAACAUCUGCGCCGCUGUUUGCGAGUACGGCUUCAAGAACGAUCACAACGGCUGUCCAACGUGCGAAUGCUCGGAACCCUGCGAAGGCUUCCUCUGCCCAUCGGGAUCGCACUGCGAAGUGGCCAAGGACCCGAAAUGUGCUUCCUUUUCGGGACUGUGCUCCUCGGAACCAAUCUGCAAGCCGGACCUGGUGUAUUCCAACCCGUGCGAAAUGGGUACUCCACUGGCCGAUAAUGCCACCGGUGAACUGCUGUACUGUCAUCAAGACCGCCCCAAGAGCCGCGAGUACCAGAGCCGCACGUUCUUCGACGACGCCGAAGAGGACAUGCUGGGCCGGAAGCGUUCCCUAUCCAACACCAUCAACUGCCCGGAGACGCACGAAUGCAUGAAGCUACACGGCGAAUCGGGAAGCGUUUGCUGUCCCGUGGAAAACGAAACCGUUCCGACGCCGGAAGGACGUCAACAGUCCAUGUGCGAAUAUCUGCGUGACUUUUCGGAUCGCAUGGAGGGAACGGUUGAGGGUAUGGAGCUAGCACUGCCGCCACCAAGCUGUUCGAUGGACGGAGGCUAUGAAGCGGUGCAGUGCACCCGGAAGAAGGUCCGGGUCAAUCGUGUCGAGCAGCGACGCUACCUGGAGCAGAACAACAUCCGACAGAUGCGCAAACUGCUGGAAGAUGCCAAGCGUGUCAAGCGAGACACCGUCAUUCCGACCCCGGGCCAGAACCUGAAGUUGGUGAAAGUUGACGAUGUGUACGGCAGCACGCGCCUGCAGGCUUCCGAUGAGAACGCAUCGGAUGCUGUCAUGUCCUACCUGCGUCAGCGCAUGCUGAUACCGGAGGAAGACCUCGGUGUCCAAGGCCGAUCUGCCAAGAUUAUCGAUUACAACCGGGUGGAUUCGAAGAACUCCAAUGUCAAUGUGGACAAACCGGAGAUCAAGCCUUCGACGCUGCUGAAGAAACCGUCUCCCGUUGAGGAUGACUUGAUAGAAAUCGACGUCGAAGAGUGCUGGUGCGUAGACAACUUCGGUACCGAGAUUCCCAGAACUCGAGGAAUGAACGCCACCAAAAAGUCGUGCGAAGAUUUGCGCGAAUCUCUCGGCUGCCUGGACUUGACCUGCCGAAUGGGUUGCGACUACGGUUUUCUACUAGAUUCGGACACGCAGUGUCCGUCCUGCGAAUGCCGUGACCCGUGUGACAGUGUUCCAUGCCCAGAAGGCCAAGAAUGUCGAUCGGUUGAAGUGUCCUGUGAAGGUGAAUACUGUCCACCGGUACCGGCGUGCUUCCCGAAGAAACCCGGCCAGUGUCCGUUCCUGGUUCCACCGGGUAGCGAAAAUGCCGACUCCGGAUCCUGCGAAUACGAAUGCCGAACCGAUGCACACUGCGAAGCUUCCAAGCGUUGCUGCUCGAACGGCUGUGGAACGCAGUGCGUCGAACCGCAGCUGAAGACCGCAUGCCAACAUCUGCAGACCAUCCAGCUGCACCAGGCCAGCGAGUUGGGAGUUCCACCCAAACAGAAGUACAUCUCCCAGUGCGAUAUCGAUGGAAGCUAUCGAACAAUCCAGUGCGGUCCCGGAAACGUCUGCUGGUGCGUCGAUGAAUACGGAAACGAGAAGAGUGGAACGCGCUCUACGAAUGCCGAACCCAACUGCGACAUCUAUCUGAAAAGCGAAUGCCCCCUGAGGAAGUGUCCGCCGUGCGAGUACGGCUACAAGAUCGAUGCCAACGGGUGCAAGACCUGCGAGUGCCGCAACCCGUGCGGUGAAAUCUCCUGUCCCCGAGGCGAAGAGUGCCAACUGAUCCAAGUCGAGUGUAUCUCCGUGCCGUGUCCGAAGAUGCCGAUCUGCGUGCCGAUCCGUGAUUCCGUCUGUCCGGAAGGACUCCCGCUGAAAUCCGGAGGGCGCGAGACCGUCUGUGGCCCACAAAACGACGCCGAAACCUGCCCGUCCACGCACGUCUGCCAGCUCAAUCUGAUCAGCAACCGGGGGUCUUGUUGUGCUAAAACAAGAGAUGUUUGCUUCGAAUCGAUCGAAUCGAGCUGCCUGGCGUCGGAGAUGCACCUCUCGGACAACAACGACCUAGAAAGUAUCACCAAGUGGCGUUUCAGUCCACGGUUGAACAAAUGCGUCCCGGUUAAUCUGCCAAAAUCGAGCAACUGUCAAUCGAAGAAUUUGUUCCACAGCGAACAGGCCUGCAACGGAGUUUGUCCGGUUUUGUCCCAGUGCGAACGACUGCGGUUGAAGAAUGCGAUGGCCGCCAAGCGUGCCGGACAGCCGAGCACUUGGUUCCAGCCGCGCUGCGAUCCGGAAACCGGCUUUUGGAGCCCAGUGCAGUGCCUCGGAUCGACCGGUCCCAGCAACGGAACGACGACACAGGAAACUCCCAGCCUUGGAGUUUGCUGGUGUGCGGAUAAGAAGGGAGCUCCGGUCAAGGGCUCACUGACCAAGGGUUCGGAACCCAAGUGCAGCAGCCGGCAAGCCAGGAGGCGGCUAUCUUCCAGCGGCGAGGAAUCCAGCGAUCCAGUCAUGGAGGAACUGAUCCGGCAGAUUACCUUCUUGGUCGACGAGAACAACUACAUCGACGAAGACCUAGAACCCACGGUGCCGUCAGCCAGUGCACCCAACACUCUGGCCAACUUCGCCCCGGAACCGCGCUAUAUCGGUUCCAUCUCGGCCGUGACGGAGAAGAUCAUCGAGAUGGCCAGAACCGACGAUGGAAGCAACUUCAUCGAAGAUCCGGUGAAAAAGCUUAGCGCCUCCACGACCCGCUGCCAGGCGCUGAAGCUGGCAGCUUCCUUUCCCGUUGCCUGCGACGAUAACGGCGCUUUUGAACCGACCCAGUGCAAUGGAGAUACCUGUUGGUGCGUAGACGCAGCUGGUAAUCAGCUGCCUCUAUCCAGCACCUUCAAGCGAGGUAUCCGCAGUUGUCUCUUCACUGCGAUCGACGCCGUGGAAAUCGAACUGCAUCUCAACAAUCCGCACCAACGGAUCCUGCUGAACCUGUACGAAGUGCUCCGAAACGAUCUGCUCUCGCUGAUCGGCAGCAUCUUCGACAACUACCGAGUGCACGAAAACAGCGACGGCAGCGUAAUGCUCCGCUUCGACCUCAUCGAGGACAACAAAGUGGAUGACGCCUUCGCAAUCGAGGAAAUGGUUCGCGAUCAUGUCUUCGUCAUGUACCACGGCGCUCUCAUAGCGGACGUCACCCAGUCUCGUUUCUCGCACAAAAUCUCCACCAAUCUCCCAGUACCUCAGCAAUCGUCUGGCAUUCCGGAGAACACCUUCCAAACGAUCGUGUUCGUCCUGGCCACGGCUUCCGCUUUUCUCGUAAGCAUUCUGGUCGUGUUUGUCAUGCUCAAACGGGGCAAAAACAAGAUGAAGCACUACAGCAAUGGCAACCGGAUGAUGAGCAUCGGUGCCGACAAGUACCUGGACUACAGUUCACCGAUCUUCGUGCUCAGUGCCAACGAUACCAAAUCGCUUCCGGAUCAACACCACCGUCGACCGGCAACGACGCAGGUCAAUGCGCCAGUGCCGGACGACGACUGCUCCGAAGGGCACUAAGCUGAUUCCAAACUCGUGAAACCUAUUUUCUAAACACGUGGGCCAAACUCUUUCCCUGUUAUUUUUUCGUGUAUAUAUUUUAAAAAAAUCCGUACUUUUAACUAACCUUUCCCGAGAAAAGAAAAUCACCAUUGAAUAAUAUAGCAUUCAAAACGCAAAACCAACACUUCCUUGUUCCUCAAAACAUUUCCCAUUCCUAUUUGCUGAUAACUGUUUUAGCGUGUAGUCGCCUCUAACACACACACACAAACAUACAAACACUCGUAGUUAUAUCUUUGUACACCGCUAGCAACUAUCGUUGUAGAUUUUUAAAGCAUAAACAAUCGUUAGAUAUUGUGGGGUUUUUUGUACUAUUUUUCUCAAACUCUGGGUGAGCGGUUUCCUGUUUCCUAUCUCCUAUCUCUCUCUCUCUUUGUUCCUUAUUUCCUUAGCACAGUAGUUGUUUUUAGUCUACCAAUUUACUAUUACCGAUCGCGCGACGAGAUGAUGUUCUGAGGGUUCCCCCCGAAAAACAAUGAUUACCGCGGCUUUGGCAAGUCACACAAACACAUGUACAUAGAUAGACAGUUUUUGGAGAAAGCGAGCGAGCAUAUGAGCGGCCAGAGCAGUACGAGGAGGCCUGUACUGGGAAGAUUGGUUGGAGAUUGGUGCGAAUCCGAAUUCCGUUUGUUAGGUUAGGACUCUACACUUUUUUUAUGUGAGUUGCCACACUCGUAGUAGGCGGCAAGAUGCUUUUAUUUAUUUAUUUUUGACGCUUUGUUUAGGAAGGAGGAAGGAAAGAAGAGUAUAAGCAGUGAGUUUAUUGAUAGUUGUGUUUUGUUUCGUUUUGUUUUCCUGCGGCAGUUUAGAUGCGAGCAGGAAAACUGUGCAGAAAUUUUAGACGAAAAAUGACCAUGUAAAUAAAGUUUAAAUCAAAUGUGAAAUCCAAUAUAUCACUGUGAGAACAAGUUUAUGCUCCAUUUCAAUAAAAUUGAAGCAAACGAUAUAGUUAAAA